UUCCGGGCUUCAAGUUCCUAACCAAGGCUAAUGCUAUUUCCAAGCACGGUGGGAACUGUUACCGGCUGGCUGCUCGCUUCCUCCGAUCAUCUCCUCCGACCAAGGUGUUGUUGAUACAAAUGGAGGCAAUUUGAGGUUGAUGAUCAAAAUUCUAUAUGAAGUUUGAGGUUUUCAACUAUCAAAAAUCAGAAGUGUGAUUGGUACAAUGGUUGUUAUGAUUUGAACUGCUUACAUUCCAUUUCAUUUAAUAGGAGGGCCUGCUGAUGGAUAGACAAGCUCAUGAUUAUGCUGCUGCAAUGGCUUUUGCUCAGCAGCAGCAGCAGCAAGCCAAUAUUCAACAGCAACAACAGUUUGGUUUUCAUUCACAAGCACCACAGCAUCCUCAACAAAUGCAUGGAUCACCGUUCAUGCCUCCUCACCACUCUAUUCAACAGUACCCUUACCAUCACCGCUUACCUCAGCAGCAGCAGCUCUAUCCACAUCCAACCCAUCCAAUGUUACAUCUUCAACAACAGCAACAACAACCAUCUGGAUAUCCACCUCAUCUACCUCCUCAUCUCUUGCGUCCUCCUAUGAUGCACCCAUAUGAUUCAACACCUCCUGUUGCACCCCCUGCAGAUCCUGAGCUUCACAAAAGAAUUGAUAAGUUAAUUGAAUAUGCUGCAAGAAAUGGCCCUGAAUUUGAGGCUCUUAUACGUGAGAGGGAGCAGGACAAUCCUGCUUACAGUUUCCUUUUCGGGGGUGAAGGGCAUAAUUACUAUCGCUACAAGUUGUGGCUAUCCACUAGAUCAGGUCUGGCCUUUAACCCUUCAUUUGCGUCCUCAAUUCCAAUGAUGCCUCCAUCACAUAAUCCCAUGCUUAAUCCUUCUUCUCUGAGUCCUCCUCCUUUGGGUGCUGUGGCUGGAGGCCCUGGUUUGAUGCUGCCAGGACCACAGCCACACCAACCUUCAUAUCCUCUUUAUUUUGACCAGCAUCAACAGCCACCACAUCACCAGGGUUUCUCGAGCCAAGCUCGCUCUGACUAUGAGUCUUCCAUGAAAAAUUUUAAGGGUCUAUCAGGGCCACUUCCUACUGAUGUUGCUGCAGAGCUAAAUAGUGUGCUUAGCAAUCUUACUGGCACUAAAGAGUCGAUAAAGGGAGCAAAGAUGUGGUUUAUGCAAAGGUCACCUUUUGCUCCAGCAUUAGCUGAUGCUCUUAGAGACCGAAUAUUCUCUCUAGAUGAUUCGGAGAGGCAGCUUCACAUAGUUUUUCUGGCAAAUGACAUACUUUUUGAAAGUUUGCAACGGAGAACAAAUCCCCUGGAUCUGGAUAAUGAAGCACUUGCAUUUAAGCCUGUCUUGGGAAGCAUGCUUGCAAGGAUCUAUCACAACCCACAGAAUAUGGACGCAAAUCAGAGUCGAUUGGAAAAAAUUUUGCAGUUCUGGGCUUCCAAGGAAGUUUAUGACCAGGAAACUAUUGCUAAUCUGGAGAAAGAAAUGACUGGUGGUCUACCACUGCGUUUCACUUCACAAAAGGAAGCUCCUUUCGGGUUUGAGUCAGCUAACAUUUCAGGAAAUACACCAUCAGAAUGGCAAUCCGAUCCACAGAACUUAGUCGAUCUCCCAGAGCCUGACCAGCAACACCCCACUAUUUCUGUCCCACCAACCCAAUUUGUACCCACCGGUCCUCAGUUCCUUCCAAACCAAGUCCCUGUAGGUAUAUAUCAACCUAUGCCCCAGACUUCAUUCCCCGGGGUCUUACCACUUAAGAAUUCCGCUCAAGCCACACCGCAACCAAGUAUUCUACCCGGCGCCGCACCCAUCGUAUCCGACAAACCCCCUCCGCCAUACCCUCUUUUCCCCCCAGGUCUCAUCCCAGGCAUGGUUCGUAAAAUGCAGAUCGGCAGCGGCGUUCCAUACUCACCCUUAAGCCCGCUCGACAUCCCUACAGUCAUUCCGCCAUCGAAUAUUCAACCAUCGGAGAUCCUCGAGAGGGUGGCAAAGUUCUUCAAAGAUAUCGGCGAGGUUAACCCGUCAGAUGGGCCAAUGAAUUCACCCGAACCAAAUGAUGAUUUUGAAUAUGAUCGGGAGCCUAUUGCUCGAAAGGGUGGUGCUUGCAUACCGCCGCCGCCAAAUCUACAGGUUGACCCAGAGACUGGAACGUUUCCUGAUGGGAGCGUUGACCGAAAACCGGGAUCGAACAGUACCGGGAGACUUGGACUCGGUGCUACUGCAGACCCGAAUGAAGUCAGCCAGUAUGAUGAUGUUUACACUUCGUAUAGGAAGCAAAGGAGCACCACCUACCAUUCUUCCAUGAGUGCGAGGUCUUCUGCGAGGUAAGAAAAAGAUCAUGUUAUUCAGAUUUAAAUUUUAUUUGGUUUAAUAGUUUGUUUUAUGAAAGCUCAGAUCAUCAACUGUUGUAUUGGAUUUUGUUACGAUUAGCUACAUAAAGCUAGGCAGUGAUGGAAGGAAUGAUAUUUUGAUGCUUAACAUUGAUGACGCCUGUUAUGUUCAGUCAGUUUUUCGUAUUAUACAUUUUUUUCUUAUCUGCCUAGCUAUUGACAUUAAGCAAACUAUAUUACUUGUAAAAUAAUGAUUUUGUUUUUAAUGAUUAUAUUUGAGAAAAUAGUUAGGCACCUUACAGCCUGCAGU